GCAGUUCACUUACAGGAGCACUUCAUAUUGCCAGCUUCCAGUGUGCUGGAGAGGACUUGUGGUAUCAGCAWCCCAGCUGCUGACUGAGUUUGUGGCGCAAGAAAUCAGCAGUGGCAACAUUUGAAACAGACACCUGGGACAACAUGAGCACGGCAGGCAAAGUUAUUAAAUGCAAGGCAGCAGUGCUGUGGGAAGCCAAUAAACCAUUUAGUAUUGAGGAAGUGGAAGUUGCCCCACCAAAACAACAUGAAGUUCGCAUAAAGAUCAUGGCCACAGGGAUCUGUCGCUCUGAUGACCACGUGAUAACUGGCGCACUGGUUAUGCCUUUUCCAAUAAUUCUUGGGCAUGAAGCAGCGGGUGUUGUGGAGAGUGUUGGGCAGGGAGUGACUUCAGUCAAACCAGGAGACAAGGUUAUUCCACUCUUUGUUCCACAGUGUGGUGAGUGCACGAACUGCUUAAGCACCAAGGGUAACCUGUGCAUUAAAACUGACCUUGGUACAAGUGCUGGAUUAAUGUCUGAUGGCACAACUAGAUUCACCUGUAAAGGAAAAGCARUUUAUCAUUUUCUUGGUACAAGUACCUUCACUGAAUACACAGUAGUGCAUGAAUCUGCUGUGGCCAAAAUCGAUUCUGCUGCUCCUCUGGAAAAAGUUUGUCUAAUUGGCUGUGGAUUUUCAACUGGUUAUGGGGCUGCUCUGCAGACUGCCAAGGUGGAACCAGGCUCCACCUGUGCUGUUUUCGGCCUUGGAGGAGUUGGCCUCUCCGUUAUCAUUGGCUGCAAGGUGGCUGGAGCUUCCCGCAUCAUUGCCGUGGAYAUCAAUAGUGACAAGUUUGCCAAGGCCAAGSAGCUGGGAGCCACYGACUGCAUCAACCCUAAAGAUUUCAAAAAGCCCAUCCAUGAAGUGUUGAUCGAAAUGACCGGGCAGGGCGUGGACUACUCCUUCGAGGUCAUUGGCCGUACUGAUACCAUGACUGCAGCCUUGGCCUGUUGCCAGUAUAACUACGGAGUCAGUGUGAUUGUGGGAGUGCCCCCUGCAGCACAAAACAUCACUUUUGAUCCCAUGCUCCUCUUCACUGGUCGCAACUGGAAAGGCUCCGUCUUUGGAGGCUGGAAGAGUAAAGAUUCAGUUCCUAAACUGGUUGCUGACUUCAUGAAUAAAAAGUUUGUUCUGGAUCCAUUAAUAACCCACACACUUCCUUGGACAAAGAUCAAUGAAGGAUUUGAUCUUCUAAGGACAGGAAAGAGUAUUCGCAGUGUCCUGACAUUUUAGGAUUCCCAAACAUUAAGCAGCAAAUGACUUAGCACAAGGACGAACUUCACCAUCCUCCAAUGCAACUUACAUGAAAAGCAAACCAAGACAUUCCUGAAAGAUUUACCAUCACCCUUGAAUAAAAGAAUCAGGCUCAAACCCCACACUUCAAGCACCACAUUUAUAAAUGAAAUAAUCUUUUGCCUUCUACUUCUUUCUCUUCAUUCUUGUUUUAAAUCUUUUAUUUUGUACUGCAAUUUUUUAAUAGCCAGUUAUUAAUUACAGAACUAGCUGCUGUCACAGGUGUUACAAAAAGAUUGGAUUUUUUAAAAAUUACUUUAAGUAUGCAAUCUUUUAAUAAAAUAAAAAUUAAGGAAACUCUUUCUUUGGGCUUCCAUAACAAUGCAAACUUAAGAAAUUUAUGCAUGCAGUUCAGCACAGUAAAACUCUAGUUUAGAACUGUGUAUUGAUCCUGAAUGACUGCAUCAUUCCAGUGCCUAAUAGGCAAGGAAAUUAUAACAUGACCAUGUGAUUGAAUUAAUAAUUUCAGUAAAUGAUACUUAAAUAAAUCAUAGACUCAGGUACUGGAGAAUGUCUCACCACGGGGUAUUUUACCAGAUGAACACUCCCAAACAUUUMAUGCAAAACUGCUGUGUUGUUGUUCUGCGUUGCGGUUUGUGUUUGGUGUUUUGGAGGUUUCUUUACCUUUGUGCCUCUUCCUUGGCAUUGUUUUAAUUGUUGAUCAGAGUGGUUUUAGAUCUUAGGCCAGUUUAUACAGGUUCAUGUGAUGUCUGGGAAGCAAUGUGAAGAAAUAUGAAGGUGCAUCAAG